AUGGCAGAUCUGGCCGACCUCGGCGACUCUGACAGCGACGUGCGCUCGGACUCUGGCGAGGCCAAGGCGGUCGAGGACGCAGGUGAUAGCGACUCCAGCGCUGAGAUCACUUGUGUUGGUUGUAAGAAGACGAAUAAAGAUCUAUGCCCUGUCAAGAAAAAGAAACACAAAGGCCCUGGCCCGUUGGAGCGCACCCGUGCCAAUCUCAUCGCGUGGGGCAAGACCACCCGGAGGCGUGGCGGUAAUAUUCAGAAGUCUGGGGAGUGGUGCAGGAUCUGCUUGAACGUUAGCACGCAGUGGAUGGGGAAAAAGAAGAGGUACAAGUCAGAGGGCAACAAGAAAAAGGGGCUCAAGCUCUUGAAGGCCGACCUCGGGAAGGACAAGAAGGUCAAGGCGAGGUUCAAGGCGAACGUCAAGGAGCUCAUCCAUCAACGUGCGGGUGGCAGAAGUCGGGUGACUGUGGACCCUGAGACCGUGACCAGCGCGGAGAUGAAGAUCCAGGACGUCAUCCUCCCAAAAAGGCAGUUCUACGAGGUGGAGACCUACAGACAACUGAUUGGCGACCCCAAGCGGACCAAGGCCAAAAUAGUCAAGAGGAAAAUUGGAAAGAAGACUGUCCACGGGAUCUAUGUGAAGGUUGGCCAAGACGGCAUCUACGACGUGGAGACCAGGUACCGCGACGAGACCAAGAAGGAGAAGGGCAUCCACAAGUCUGGGGACGCGCUCGACUGCGAGGAGGUGGGCGAAGCGUUCGAAGCUGCUGUUGAUGAGAUGCAGGAGGCCCACCCAGAUGAGGGCGGCGCGCUGUCGCUGGAGGAACACCAGAGGCGCGCGCGCCUCGCGGAGAUGGCCUCAGCUGCUGCCGCUGGCCCUGAUGGCGACCGGGCCCACUCUGAAGGGUCGAGGUCCGACAGCGACGAGAACAGUGGUAGCGACAACGACAGCUCCGACAGCGACUUGGCCGACGACUCGGACGACGACAAGGAGGGCGACGAUCCGCCCCUGAUCCCUGAGAAGCGCAGCAAGGACAGCAAGGGCAAGGCAGCAAGCUCAGCAGCUGCACCCUCGGCCUCCUCAGCCGCCGCGGCCCCCGCGGCCGCGGGUCCAGAGCCAGAUCAUCGCAGAAGGGGCCGUGACCAGAGCCCAGACGCCAAGCCCCGACACCGGUCUGCAGGGAAAGCACCAUCUGUGGCGUCUGGUCCUUCGUCCGCCUCAAAAGUCAGCGACCCAGGCAAGAAGACCAUGCUCCAGGAAGAGAUUCAGAAGGCGGAGUCCGAGGCGGAGGCUCACUACAAGCGCUUCGUUGAUGGGGUGGAGGUCAGGGGCCGUGCUGCUCAGAUGCUCAUCCGCGAGAUAGGCCAGUGCGUCAGCUCUCUCGGAGUGUUUGUGAAGCCCCAGUCGCGAGUCGAUGGUGACACGAAGACCCGCAUGCAAGGCUACAUAGACGAUCUGAACACCGCGACGACGUGCUUGAGGGCCUUCGGCAAGACAGCCACUGUCCUUGCAGAAAUGGAAGCUUCAGCAGCUAAAGUAAAGCAGGGUCAGCUCCCGGACUGGAUGGGGAAGCUCUUGCAGCUCAAGAUCAUUGACAACGUCGCCUCCCAGAGCUCCUGGGAUACACUCGUGCAGAAGGCGACUCGAGCUUUCCAGGCGGGUUUGAGCCCGACGUCCGAGUGCGAGGUCGCACUGCACAUCUUCAAGACAGUGUGCCCUGCCAAGGCCCCCCCUGGCCUGAGCACGAUGGGCUUGGACAGCGCCCUGGAGGAGUUACUCACGAGCGAGGAGGUCCAGAGUUGCUUCCCCAAGGAUCUGAUGGACGAGUACGAGUGCGCGAAGACCAUCAUGCAUGUAGGGCUGAACUUGUUGAACUCCCCUCGGCAUCACCUCGACGGCUUGCGACGUGCUUUGAAGGCCGGCACCGCAGCGACUCAGAACAGUUCCAAAGGGCCGCAGAAGAAGGCGACGAUGCUCAGCGUCUUUGUGAACUCCCUCUAUGGCAAGAACGCCCUGAAGAACGCCAUCAACACAAUGGAGACCAUGGCCAAGGACGACAUCCAGGAGAAGCAG